CCCAAUAGCAAAUACAUCAAAAUGGUUAGUGGGGAGGAGGUUAGGCUUCAUCUAGUAGCUUCUAGCCCUGUUGCCGCCGAUCCAGAGCCUUAGAAAGAUAGUGACCUGCCACCCACCCACUGGAAGCUGGAAAAUGCUGUGGCCAUGCACUGACUUGAUUUCUGUAUCUAUUCCGCGCAAGCAUUACCAUGAUCUCGUCUCGCGAGUGAUCCUGAUUCUCCUGUUCGGGAUUUUUGCUUCGCGCGAUGCUUUUAGUCUUGUCGGGCCGGGAACAACCACUCCACACGCGUUCUUUGUGCACGGAGGCUGGAUCCGUCCCCGCAACAAGAAGUUCCAUCUCUGGGUUCGGCAAGGUCCGCGAUCUACCCGGGAAGCUUCGAGCACUUUUGCGAAAAGCGGGGGGCUGCCCAUCCUGUCGGUGUACACGGGUCGACGGUACAUACGGGUCCGCAACGACGCGAAGCUCGUCACGGAUCACGAGCGCUCUCUUGCGUAUCGACAGGGCGACGAAGAAAAUGAUCCAGUGAAUAGCUUCCUGCAGAAACAGCGACAAAACCACAUCACUCAGAUGACAAAAACUUGUAAGUCGGAAGCUGUCCUAUGAACUGCAAAAGUGUCGUACUCGUAUAAAUGCAUGACAAAUUCCCUCAGCAUGAGAAUUCAGAUUUGUAAUGCUGAUUUGACUUAACGAAAAGAUUUGUAAUGCAUGAUUGCAAUACGAAUACGAUACUUUUGCACAGGAUAUGUCCGGUAUGAUGACAACUUUGACCACGUGGAUAACAUUUUUCAGCUCGGAGCCGAUGCCGCAGAUGAAGAUCCGUACAACAAGGGUAAUAAUCAGUUUGGGCGGACGACGGAGUACAAUGAGAAGGAAACGAGACAGCGCGACGCCGACGCACAGGAGCAGCGAUCUCUAGCCUACUCUUUGCUUCCCGGCUACAGGUACGCGGAGCUGCGUUGGUGUACGCCCGCGAACGUGCGGAGCAAGGUGUGGACGUGGAUAACCACCGCCAUGGUCCAGGUACCCUGCAUCGCCGUGGACUUCCUCCGUGGGCGCCAGGCGGACCUGCUGCUGCCGGAGGAGGAGCGGAAACACGUAGAGUUUUUCGCUGGUGGGCGUCAUUUGUACUCGUAUCAGACGGGCGAGCUGCUGGACGACAGGUACGAGCGUAUGUUGUUCGACAUUGACAUGCGGGAGUGGGAGCACGUAGACCUGCGGCAAGUGCAGCACGAAUACGAUAAGGCACAGCUGAUCCAGCGCUUUUUUCGCCACGCCGGGCUGCUGAACGGUAUCGAGCUGGUGGCGGACAGCGAAACUUUUGGCCACCGCACGCUGUUUAUCAACUGUAAAAAUGUCUGGGUCUGGAAGAAUUCAUGUUUGUCAUGCUUGUCCGGCAUGACUCUUAAAUCUGUCAUGCACGUUACCCAAGAGCUCCGCUUUUCUGUGAUGCAGAAGCGCAGUUUGUCAUGCAGAAUAGGCAACACCUAGGAGCUCAGAAACUUGUCAUGCUGAGCCAGCAUUUGUAGCCUCAUCAUGAGACGCCACCCAGCAUCACAGGCUUCCAGACCCAGACAUUUUUGCAUUUGAUACUGUUCGAGCAGCGCGUCAUGGGGCUGUGGUCCAAAGUGUUGACCCAGCAAAUUUUUCAGAGCGAGGCGGUGUUGAAAUACUUCGAAGAGUACGAGGAGGAGACUGCAAGCGAAGAACGCAAAGCCGUGGGCAAACACCGCCACACCACCGACUGGCACUGGCGGCGGGGGGUCAUGAAGGUGCAGAUCUCGCUGAGCGAAAGGGAGGAGCAACGCUGGCGCCGGCGGUUGCACCGUCGGAUAACGAAGGAAAUCGCUCAAGAAGAAAAUAGCCGGUCACAGGGGCGGCUUUGUGGCAGUGGUGGUGCAGGGAUAAGCUUUAGGAACGAAGACGGAGGUGAACCUCUUGUUGUCGCAGGUCCGCGUGAAAAUAAUGCUGCUCCUGCUGCUGCACCUUCCUCUUCGUCUGUUGAUGUUCUGGCAAACAGUCCACCACUGAUGUCGUCCACUUCGUCUCUAGUAACUUCGGACCGAACUGGCGCCCGUGUUUUUGCAUCGCAAGGAUCUGCACCUGAACUCGCAACACGGACCAAGAGGAACUUCGACGCAGCAGCGCCUUCCACCUUCCGCUCUUGUUGUCCGGACAAGUGCGCGGCCACGAGGGAGCUCAUCUUCUCGGAGCUGUCUGAGUGUCGUGGAUCAAGCAUGACGGCAUCACCCGACGGACUAGACGGCGGCACGGCGGCCCCACUUUUGUCAGCCGAAGCUGAGUUAGAUGAUCAUGGUACGGCAUUGGAGCCGCGAGAGGCGCACGUGAUCGACGAUUUUUGCAGCACUGGUGGAGCAGGACUCUUUUUGCAAGAAGGUCGAGAAGGCCGUCGCGCUUCUGCUGCCAGGAGAAUGAAAAGUACUGCAUCUUUUUCUACAACAUCCUCAAAUGGAGAACACCCUUGUUUGUCAGAUUCCUGUCGCAAUCGCUCGGAGCAGAAUCCCGUCCGUUUCGAGGACGAGGAGGAGGGGAUGGAGGGGACGCGUCUGGUGGAAGAUUGCAACGACCGUUGCAGGAGUUUCCCAAAUAUCAACACGGAGGAACAAUCAGCGGCCGAACUCUCCGCGCGCGGAAAUAUUAACUGUAGAACUUCCAAGACCACUACCAGUGCCAGUCUAAUAGAGAAUUUUCAGCUCGAGAGAUCAUAUCGGCAACUAUCGUCAUCUUGUCCGCGCUGUCCUGAAGAAGCCAUCAAGAUGAAGCAACAUGACUUCGAUGAGUGCGGGUUUUGGAAUAGCAAACGAGAGGAGCUCGCGCCACCACAGCUGCAAUUUUUACGAACACAGUUUGAAGGUGUGGGAUCAUCCCAUCGGAUGAACACCAUUUUGCUGCCCGACUCAACAUCGAGAUCUUCAGUAAAGCAAGUAGGUUCAUGCGAUAGUGGUUUUCUCUCCCGGUGUGGCUCGGCUUCAGUGGCUUCGACCCACGCACCAAGUAGCGCAUCGGCGACGCCCUUACUGAGUUUUUUCGCCGAUAGCGCCUCUCCGACGGAGCGGAAAAUUUCGCAGAAUUCGGCGGACGAACCGGAAUUUCGUGAAAGUUUCUCCUCGGUAGACCAUACAGUGCAGUUGUUCGCCGGUGAUGUUGUGGUGGGAAACAAAGAAACAGAUAACAUUCUAGCAGGGGGGCUACUACGACAUGCAGAUUGUGCGUCGAGAAGAAUUCCAACAAGCUUCUGUCGCACCAGUUCCUGUCAAGACGCCGAUGAGAACAUGCGUUUUCUAGCACAAGACCGCCGCACAACUGAUAGCACUUCUACUCCGGAUUUCACAGCGACGGUCCGGGGAUGUCGCUCCGCUACCUACAGCUCCGCCGGCGCACCAUUGCAUCGGAGCAGCACUGAUACAGACUUACUGCUUCUCGCUGCUGCGCAUCGUGAAGGAAUGAUGCUGCCGAGUGAAAGUAGCCGUACUUUACAGGACGACCCAGGAAGUGACGAGAAAUAUCAUGGAGGCAGCAACACAGGGGCAAGGACGUGGAUUCCCCUCUUCGACCAGCAUCUUGGGUUUCCGUGCUAGCCCUCAUAUUAGCGGUGCAGAAGAAUAACGAAGCUCAAUGGAACUUUUUUUAGCCUAAGUUUUAUGUAGGUGUACCAGUACUAGAUGAUCUAGAAGAACUAGCAAGAAAUAUCAAGAAGUAGAGCUGCAGUGAAGCCAAACAUGAGCUUCACUUCGUUUGCAAUCACGAUAUAUUACGCCUAAAUAAAUCAGCAUUUUUUGUCGCAAGGCUGUGAUUUGGUAAAAAUGUUAGACAUGCAGUAGAAGAAGAAGAACAGAAGUACAACAGCAGUACUGCAAGAGAUAUAAGGUAAAGGCCGCGUCGGUGUCCCGUGCGGGUAAUAGAUGAUGUUGAAUCUGGAAGCAUCGCAUUUACCGACGCGGCGUAUAUCUUUCAAGAUUUCUUGCGCGAUAUUUGCUUGUUGUCACCUUUUUGUGCUCUGCCUCCGUCCUGCACAUCUCGCGACGAGACCGAAGUACUAGUAGCAUGGGCCAGAAUAGUCAUAGGGAUAGGGAUAGCCCCAUUUGAGUGCAACACAGAAAGAGUAUUUGCGAACGAUGCGAAAGCGAAACCAUGAAGAACAACGAGGACCAAGAAACGCUAGCUACAAGUAAGAGCAGCAAACGGCUAGGACUACAUGCACCGAACAAGACAACUAUGACAAUGCGGAUACCGACGGAGACUAACCCGUGCUGCUGCUUGCAGAUAUUAUGAAGACACGUUCUUAGAAGUACUAAAGAAGUGCCAUAAUUUUUUCGGACGCACAGGCAUCCUGAUCGCACUCCAUGUAUUGCAAUGAAAAAUUCAGAAAUUAAAUGAAAUCGCGUACUCCAUUU